AUGGCUACGGAAGCGACUUUGAACAAUUCUGGUGGUUCUGAAUCUGCAAUGCCAUUAGUGGAACAGCUUGCUGAAGUAUUUGGAAAGUUGAAAUCCCACACCGAAGCAUCUCUGCAAUUGCAAAAUGGCAUUCAAUGGGAAGAUAUCAAAGGGCAUUUCCUCAGCCUUGAUAAGUCUAAGUCGUACAGAAGCAAGUUUGAUGAACUGGUAGAGAAGCAGAAGGCAUUAGAAGAAAAGAAAGCUGAAGCUCGUAGGUUGAUUGCAGAGAAAGCGGCUAAUGUUUCUACAAAAGAGCGUGCCUCCCUGAAUCAGCUUCAGGAGCUAAGGGAUGCUGCUGUCUCUUCUCUAGCAGAGGUUCGGCAAAAAUAUAAGGUGGAGCUUGCUGAGAUACUUGAUGCAAGUGGAAGCAAAGACAAAAAGAUGGACACCAAAGGCCUUCUGAAAUUUCUUUCAGAAAAUUCUAGAAAACUUGCUAGCCUUCGUGAUGAACUUUCUGUUGCACUAAAAUGUGCAACUGAUCCUGCCCGCUUUGUACUUAAUUCCCUGGAGGGUUUCUUCCCACCAGACCAAACUAAUUCACCUGGGAGUAAACAUAACGCUCUUGAGGUUCAGCGCAAGAGCUGCAUUGUUUUAAUGGAAGCUAUAGCACCUGCAGUAGGGACGACGGAGCCUGGUGGCAACGACCCUUGGAGCUCUGAAAUUAAGGAGCAAGCCAAGGCAAUUGCCGAAGAGUGGAAGAGUAAGUUAGCUGAGGUUGACCUGGAUGCUUCUAAUGGCUAUUCAUUGGAGGCACAGGCUUUCCUGCAGCUUCUUACAACUUUUAAUGUUGAUUCGGUGCUUGACGAAGAUGAACUAUGCAAGAUCGUAGUUGCUGUCUCUCGUCGCAAGCAGACUGCUGUGUGCUGUCGCUCUCUUGGUCUUAAUGAGAAAAUGCCAGGUAUCAUUGAGGAGUUGGUUAAGCGGCACAGGCAAAUUGAUGCAGUUCAUUUUGUACAAGCUUUCGGGCUUUCGGAGACAUUCCCCCCUGCACCUCUGCUGAAGACAUAUGUUGAGGAACUAAAGGAUACAAUUGAAAAUAAUGGGGAUGCAACUGCGACCUCGUUAAAGGACGACCCAAAAUCUAGGGAACUACUUGCUUUGAGGGCUGUGAUAAAGUGUAUCGAAGUGUAUAAGCUUCAGAAGGAGUGUUCACUUGGACCUCUCCAAAAGCGUGUAUCUGAGCUAAAGCCCAAGGGUGAGAAAAGGCCAUCAACUGAUGCUGGGCGUACUUAUGCAAAGAAGCCUCGAGGCCCUGGCAUUUCAUUUCCUAGGAGACCUGCUGGUUCUGUUGGUUCAGCUGCUCGCAGGCCUCCAUUUCCAGGCUUUAACUGGCAGCGUGCUCCUGCUCCAAUGCCCUCCCGUGGCCCUGCUCCAAUGCCCUCCCGUGCCCCUCUUCCUGAUAGAUAUGGAGCUGCUGACCGGUACCACCACCCACCACCAGCCCCAGUAUAUGAAGGUGGUGCGUUUUCUUCUUACGGUGAACCGUUCAGCGCCCCAAAACCAUUCCAGUACACCCCAGGGUCCGUGGCAGCAUCAUACAAUUCAAGCCCUUAUAAAGUUGCGUAUGGUGGCCCAGGAGCACCAGCUGCAAGCACCUAUGCAGGUUACGCCAGCGCAUCCGGGCCGGCUGCUUCCAGCAGCUAUGCAAACUAUCUGGGAUCUGGCUAUCGCCCUCCGCAACCAUAG